AUGGACACGUUGGGUAAUUCUGAUAAGAUCGGUUCCGGCGCAGCUAGUUCAUUUACUCGUCUUGGAAUUUAUACACAACAUUUACUUGAUCGUGCAACACCAUUUAUUAGCUUUCGUUGGUUAUUUAAUUUAUUAUUAUUAGUUCUCUUUUUUCUUCGUAUUUUUCUCAUCCAAGGGUUUUACAUUAUUGCUUAUGGUCUUGGAAUAUUUUUACUCAAUCAAUUUAUUCUUUUUCUAACACCUAAACAAGACCCAUCAUCACUUGGUAUGGACGAAGAGGAAGGCGAUCAUGGACCACGUUUACCAACACGAUCAACAGAUGAGUUUCGACCAUUUAUGCGUCGUUUACCGGAAUUUAAAUUUUGGUAUACAUCAUUCAAAGCACUAAUGAUCAGUUUAGUUUUAACAAUAUUUCCAAUAUUUGAUAUACCAGUAUUUUGGCCUGUGCUUGUCAUCUACUUUUUCACAUUAUUCUUCUUAACCAUGAGACAACGUAUAGCACAUAUGAUACAAUAUAAAUAUGUUCCAUUUACACAUGGAAAAGUGAAAUAUGCUGGAAAAAAUGAAGGACCACCAGGUGGAGCACCCGGAAUUAAAAUUUCAUCAUACUAA